AUGGAACAAACCAAAGCUCUCAACGCCCUUGAGCCUUUUCUGGCCCUGAGCAAGUCCGCCACAUCCCCCCGCGCCGCCGCAGACCUCGUAACCCGCGCGACCUCUAAUCCGAAUACCUUCCUCUUUACCGAGCUUCUUUCGACGCCACAGAUUCAAGCCCUUGCCCAGUCUUCAGAAUUCAUACCUCACCUAACCCUACUCGAGCUCUUCUCCCAUGGCACCUAUGCCGCCUACCUCUCCGCCUCCCAGCAACAACAGCUCCCACAGCUUAAUGACGCCCAGACCCUCAAACUUCGCCAACUCUCGCUCCUAACCCUCGCCCGUGAGCGUUCCAACCUCUCCUAUGCCGCCCUACAAUCCGCUCUCGAUCUCCCCUCCGCCCGCGCUCUUGAAGACCUCAUCAUCUCCGCAAUCUAUGCCGGCUUGUUGGAUGCCACCCUUGACCCACACCGUCAGGUCGUGCAGGUAAACUCCCUCGCCGCCCUUCGCGACCUUGCUCCUGGUGCCGUCCCCCCUAUGAUCCGUGCUUUGCAUGCUUGGUCCGCGCGUUGCGAGUCGACUCUUGGCGACCUCGAGUCUCAGAUCGCCGGUAUCAGGAACGCCGCAGCACGCCUCCAGCGCGAGAAGGCGGAGCAAGAGGCUCGGUUGAUGCGCCUUGUCGAGGAAACCCGCAAAGAUCCGGAUCCGAACUCCCGUAAGCUGGCCGUUGGACACUCGCACGCCGGCGGUGAGCGUAGUGCUGGCAGUGGAUUCCUAGGUCAUACGUCGAGAUCCCAGCGAUACAACAAACGUGGCAGCACAAGCAUGAUGGAUAAUGCCGAAGAGGUUGAUGAUGAAGCAAUGGAUGUGGACGAGGAAGAUGAUGAGCAGGAGAAGAAGCGUGCCAGCCGACGGAAGCUGUAG